AUGUGGGGGUCUGUGGCAGUUGUCUGGGCCAUCUGCCUGGCUUGCAUUCAGCCUACUGUGUUCCCAUGGAUCCUCCCCGUCAGGUCAAACAAGGACAGGCCUCGCCCAGCACACGGAGCACUGACAGAGAAGGUCGAGUGCUUCUCAGACUACAUGACCCUGCAGAUCCCGAGGAGCCACGUGCAGGGUUUGAGGCAGUGGCUGGCCGGGGUCCUGCGCCUGCCGGGCACCAAGAGGGCCCCCAACCACUUGGAUUCUCUUCUUACCAAAUGUGGUUACCUCUUGCAUCCUGCUCACGAGGGAGGCUUCAUCUUCCGAGCACUGUACUCUGGUUGCUUUGUACAGAAAGAGAAAGCAAAUUACAGGUUGGAAAUCAGAAUGUUUCAAAAAGGGGCAAAAAGGUUGAAGCAGAGCGAUCGCUACAUAAUGAAGUGUCCCAUGAUCGUGGCAAGGCUGGGUGAACAGAGUGUCCGUUGUCAUCCCUCGUUCAUUCAGGUCUCUAGGCCCUGGCCUCCAAGGACUGACGCUGAACAGACACCUUGGCUGCUGUCCCUUCGAGGGGAGCUGGUGGCUUCUCUGGAGGACGCCAGCUUGAUGGGAUUGGAGGUGGAUAUUGGUGCCACCAUGGUCACCAUCCAAAGCCCGAGACAAGAACUUCUUCAGAGGCAGGAGGUGUGGAACACCUCCCUGGAGUUGCUGCCCUUGUGGCUGGUGAGCGGUUCCUAUGCCUACUCCUUGGAGGCUGCGUGCCCACUGGCGUCUUCCCAGCCAGGGUCGGAGAUCUCAGUUCACAUCCCCAAGCAGAGACUGGGUCUGGUCAAAAGAGGAUCCCUUGUUGAAGAGUCCCUGAGUCCCAGGUUCCUUCAGGUACAGCAGUCGGACACCUUCACGGUGGCUGAGGACAGGGACUUUGUGGUUGUCAGCAUACCAGCGUCUCGGCUGCUUCAGGACCAGCCAUGCCAAGAGGCCAGAGAAUCCCCGGGGACACAAGCUUUCUACAGGGUGGACCUGAGCCUGGACUUUGCAGAGAUGGACUCCCCAGUACACUGGAUGGUAGAGAACUUUUUCCAGUGUGUGGGAUCAAGGGAAGAGUCACUUUUCUCAACAGUCACAACAAGGACUACUCUUCUCGCCCUGUCCCCUGCACUGGAGACUACACAGGCAGCAGAAACGCCAUCUGCUGCCUCUCCCCCGCUCCAGACCCCACGGAUGGCCGCCCUGGAGGAGCCCCCUCAGCAUUUUGUGCGCCAGCCUGCUAAAGAGUCCACCAAGCAGGAACUGGCAGCAGCAUUUAUGCAAAUAACCCGACCUGCAGGAGGAAGCUGGGAGUCAACGGCUUCCCCCUCCUCCAGUGCAAUACAGGAGCACCAAGGUCCUCAGACUCCUCCAGAGAAAGCAGGCUUAAGUCCACUUCCCCAGACUCUGGCUACACUCUCCUCAGAACACACUGACGUUUCCCAGGCUGGCCCUGGCCCCUCACAUUCGGUUAUCCUGGCUCCCAAUUCUCUGAGCACACAUUUGUCUUCAGAAAUCCCCUCUUCUCCAUGGCCUUCCUGGCCAUCUGAUGAGCCCCCAGUGCUCCUGAGUUCUGAACCAUCUGUUAGGCUAACUGAAGUUCCAAGGGGCAUGAGAGCUAGUCAGGACUCUGUUCAGCCAUCAGGAAGCCCCUUCCCACUGGGAGAAUUGUCAAGCAAGACUGUGAAUUCAACAGAGUCCAGCGAGUCCAUCCCGAGGGAGCCUGCCCACAUCAGAGAGGAGUUUCUGCCAUUCACAAAAUCCUUCAUGAACAGCCUGACUGAAGAGGGGUUGAUUUUCCACCAUGACCCUAAGAGACCUCAGGAGAGACCCAUAGUCAUGGCUGAGGAAUCUCUGCAGAAUGACCAUGAUCCCUCUGGAGAGGAGACCAGACACUACCUCGACCUGUCAACCUCAGAACCAAGCCAGGAAAUGAAAGAGCUGGGUGUGGAUGCCACAUUCACCACCUCGAGAAGGAGGCAGCCAGAUGCCAGGGUCUAUCUGGGGACCUCAAGUCCAGAGCUCACUGGGAGGCCCAGGGUGGACCCAGCAGCUCUCCAGACAACACUUCCGGAGGGCCUUCUGGCUUCCAGUCCUGAGAAGCCUGCAGCCCCUUCUGAGGAAGGAACAGAUAGAGCCCUACAGCUAGAGUCAGCACCUUCGUGGCCUGAGGGCUGGCAUGAUCUGGGGGCUGCACACACAGCCAGGCCCCUGUCUUCACAUACCCAAAGCCCUCUGGUUCCUACAGUAGCCAUGUUUCCCCGCUCCGGUGAGCCUGGAAACACCCUCCCUGGGGGUCAGGGGUCAGUGGGAUCCAGGUUGGCCCCCACAGCUGAUAGCCAUCCGUCUCCUGAACUUUAGGACACGCAGAGGGGUGCUUUGAGAGGCCCCUGCACUGGAGACUUCAGGGCUGUGUCAUAGGAGUGUCCAGGGAGGGGAGGGCCAGAGGAAAGGGAGGGCAUGGUUUGAUAUGCUCACACUUCCCUUCAGGAAGCCGGCUGGGACAGGACAAGAGCCCUCAGCUUCCUUGAGCUGGUCCAGCUGUGUUUUACAUCUUUCUCUGUUAGAUCUGGGAAGGGUGCUGGCCCUAUAGCUGGGCCCACCCAUGUCUAGGGCUCUGGUUUCUACUCUAGUUCUACAACCUUAGCAGGGCACUAGCCUUUCUGAGCCUUAGUUUCCCCAUCCAUGAAUGGCAACGAUAGUAACUCCUUCAUAGUGGGUUUAUUGAUGGUGGUGGUGGGGCGGUUCGUGAACAAGGAUCACAUAAAGUGUGGAGCCCUGCCCAAGCGUGCCGGGAACCCCAGGGGAGGGGGACGGAGUGACAGUGCUUUGCUUUCUGUCCAUCAUAUCCCGUGGUUUCUAUGGCAGCAGCUGGUUCCUUCCCCUCUGGCUUGGCUAGACCCACUGACCUGCAGUGACCCAGAGCUCCCAAACUCUGUGGCCCAGAAGCCCAGCGGUGGCCAGGCACGGUGACCUGGGCCGGAAUCCCACUCAGUGCUUCCUUGAGAGGGCAGUGCCUUGCCCUCCCCAACCCCCACCCCACCCCCGGGCCGACCUGUGGCUGG